AUGCCGGAGCUGGGCCCCGGAGAUGACCUGGCGGGCCUGAUGAUCGAUGCCGCUUCGGCCCAGGGCACUCCAAUCGAGGAAGGAGACAUCCUCGUGGUGACCCAGAAGGUCGUAUCGAAGGUCGAGGGCAAGGUGAUGAGCUACGAGGGCGUGGAAGCCUCGCAGCUUGCCAUCACCAUCACCGAGGGGCACCGCCGCGAUCCUCGCCACACCGAGAUGAUCCUCAGGGAGUCCGUUCGGAUCGUGCGGAUGGACCGGGGUGUGAUCAUCGCCGAGACGAAGCACGGCUUCUACUGCGCCAACGCGGGUAUCGACGCCUCCAACAUACCGGGCAACAACACCAUAGCCCUGCUGCCCGACGAUUCCGAUGCGUCUUCACAGAGGAUCCGCGCGGCGGUGAAGGACAGGCUCGGGGUGAACGUGGCGGUCAUAGUGUCGGACACCUUCGGCCGGCCAUGGCGGAACGGCGCGGCGAACGUGGCGAUAGGUGUGGCGGGUCUGGACCCGCUGCUGGACUACGUUGGCGCGCUGGACGCCCAUGGAAACGUGCUGCACACGACGCAGAUCGCGGCGGCGGACGAGUUGGCCGCCGCGGCGGAGUUGGUGACCGGCAAGGCCUUGGGCAUUCCGGUGACCAUCAUUCGCAACUACCCGUUCGAAACCGUGGAGGACGCCAGCAUUCAGCGCCUGCUACGGACGGGCGAGAGGGACCUCUUCCGCUAA